CAUUAACCUGAUCCAGCCCUUCUCACUCGCUUCUGUUGAGGAGGGGUGAUACAGCAUGUGAGAGCUGCCUGGAGUCCCUAUAUUUUUAUGGUUUUGGUCUGCCGGAUUAAAAAGAAAAUCAAGAAAUUUAAUUUGAAUUCAUGUGAGACUUGGCAAAGAGGGAUUAAUUGAAAUGGGUUCCUUUUUUUUUAAAGAAAAUUUCAUUUUUUGGGGGGUGAAGAGAGUAAGUGAAUGAGAGAAAAAACUAAAGGAUAAUACAAUGGCUCAAAUGGACUCUGACUAUGGUGUGAAGGGCAGCAGCAUCAUCAGGGAAUGGAGUGGACAGGUCCAGCCUGCUCUGGUCGCCUCCUUAGUUUUCCUCUUCUGUCUGGAAGCAUGUCUGUGGGUCAGGAACCUCAGGCUCAAGAGAAGACUGCCGGGACCCUUCGCCUGGCCAGUGGUGGGUAACGCCAUGCAGCUGGGCCAGAUGCCUCACAUCACCUUUGCCAAGCUUGCCAAAAAAUAUGGAAACGUGUAUCAGAUACGUCUGGGCUGCAGUGAUAUUGUGGUCCUGAAUGGAGACAAGGCAAUACGUCAGGCUCUGAUACAGCACAGCAAAGAGUUUGCAGGCAGACCGAACUUUGUCUCUUUUCAGUCUGUUUCUGGGGGGAAAAGUAUGACUUUCACCAAUUACAGCAAACAGUGGAAGAUGCACAGGAAAAUUGCUCAAUCAACGAUCAGAGCCUUCUCAUCUGCCAACAGCCAGACCAAGAAAGCCUUUGAGCAGCAAAUUGUGGCCGAAGCCACAGAGCUAGUUGAGAUUUUCCUCAAACUCAGUGCUCAUGGCCAACAUUUCAACCCUGCUCAUGAGCUGACAGUAGCUGCAGCUAAUGUGAUUUGCGCCUUAUGUUUUGGAACACGUUAUGGACGGGAUGACAUUGAGUUCAGAGCCUUGUUGCAGAGGGUGGAUGAGUUCGGACAGACAGUCGGGGCUGGCAGCUUGGUAGAUGUGAUGCCAUGGCUUCAGUCUUUUCCUAAUCCAGUGCGCAGCAUGUUCAAGAGCUUUAAAGAGCUGAAUCGAGAGUUCUUUGGGUUUGUCCAGAACAAGGUGGAGAAGCACAGAGAGACGUUUGAUCCAGAGGUAACAAGGGAUAUGAGCGAUGCCUUUAUUGGCGUGAUCGAUAAGGCUGAAAGUGACGGACUCACCAAAGGUCACACAGAGGGAACUGUGUCGGAUCUGAUUGGAGCAGGCCUGGAUACCGUCUCCACUGCUCUUCACUGGAUCCUUCUUCUGCUGGCUAAAAACCCUGACAUACAAACCAAACUCCACGAGCUCAUCGACAAGGUCGUAGGGCGAGAAAGACUACCGUCUGUCGAAGACCGAGGCAGUCUGACCUUUCUGGAUGCCUUCAUCUACGAAACCAUGCGCUUCACCAGCUUUGUCCCGGUCACCAUCCCCCACUCUACCACCUCUGAUGUAACCAUCGAAGGUCUCCACAUUCCCAAAGACACGGUGGUCUUCAUCAAUCAGUGGUCCAUCAAUCAUGACCCCCUGAAGUGGAAGGAUCCACACAUCUUUGACCCCUCAAGAUUCCUGGAUGAAAACGGCUCCCUUGACAAGGACCUCACCAACAACGUGAUGAUCUUCUCAGCAGGAAAGAGAAGAUGUAUCGGGGACCAGAUUGCCAAAGUUGAAAUAUUUUUGUUCUUUGCAAUUUUACUCCACCAAUGUAGCUUUGAGAAAUACGCAAAUGAGGACCUAUCUUUAAACUGCACCUAUGGUCUAACACUGAAACCUUUAGAUUAUAAGAUCACUGCCAAACUCAGGGGAGAGUUACUUACAGGCCAAUAAAAACUGUUGGGAAUGAUGAGCUCCCCAAUGAAAAAACAACAAUGCACUAUAAGGUAUGUGUUGAUGAUUUUUACGGAAUACGCUAAUGUUAAGCUUCUUUACUUCUACUGACAUUUCAAAUACUCAUGACCAACAUUACUCACAUUUUACUGUUACAAAUGUUUGUGUAUUAACACUUGGUACUCAAAAAUGCAUCAGAAAGCAUUAAAGGUGCACUAUGUAGUUUUGGUAGAGAAAUGUGAAAUUUGGAGAAGCGUACAGAUUCUGUGGUAUAUGUCCAUAACUCAAUACACAAAGUGUCCACAGAGGAAAAUGUAGUCCUUUUAACACUGUUUGAAGAUAAAAUGCUGCGCGGGAAGUUAUGGUGGGGGAGCCGCAACAGUGUAACUCUCCUGGUAGCUUCUAAACAGUGCUCCAGGGACCCAUUUUUUUCUUUGAGUAAAGUUUGUGUAUUCAGUUCAGAAAAUAUAGUAUAUAAUUGUUUCACUUCUCCAACUUUCAAAUUUCACCACCAAAACUCCAUCGUGUAACUUUAAGGUCUAAUCUGAAUGCAACAGAACCCCCCCCAACUCUAAACAUUUGUGACUGAAAAAACCUAAGUAUAUCUUUUGUGGCUAUGCUAUUUCAUGUAAAAAAAAAAAAAAAAAGAAAUAGAAAAAAUGUAACGAGCUCUUUGAUGUGGCAACCCAAACCCAAAUUUAUAAUAAACCUAAAGUAUGUAUUGUUAUUUAUAUGAGGGUAUUUAGUGGAGAAUUACAAUAUAAAACUGGUGGUGUUGAAUACAUUUCGUUUUAAGCUUUUUGAUCUUUCUUUGCUGAUGGGGGGGAAAAAAUCACGUACCAGCUGUGUGGGCUCAACUGAAUCCACUGUAAAAGUAUUCACCAAGGCUGGCACAUAUCUUCACAUGUAACACUUUUUUUUUCAUCCGACUUUGAUUCAAAUUAAUGUGUGGUCCUCUACAUUCAUAUACACAAAAAUAAUACAUAAUACUGUUGUAUUCUGUUUAUUAAUCACAUAACAUUGUCUAUAAAUAAGCUAGUCUUUGAAUUGUUGGUUAUACUGUUGUCUUCUUGUAAUACCUUUAAAAACAUCACUGUAAACAUGAUGUACUAGGCAUGUCACUUUCAUAAUAAGCUGUAUAGAAGACAAUAAAAUGUUUUAUUAUUAACAUGACUCAGUGUGAUACAGAAUGGGUUGUUUUCUAUGGUGCGACUAAGCCUUGGAUGUACAAUAAACAUUUACUUUGAA